AUGUUCUCCGGGGACACGAGCGACGCCACCGCCUCCAGCACACUGACGUCGCCCUCGUCGUCCGUCUCGUCCACCUCGUCCUCGUCCUCGUCCUCGUCCAGCGACUACGAGCGCACCCCCGAGCGCAAGAGCCUCAACCGCUCGCUCGGCGUGUACAACACCAUACGGCGCGUCUCGGCGCUCCUGCCGGGCGUCAUCAUCGCCGUCGACGCCUGGUGGAUCAAGUCGGACAGGCUGUGCAGGCCCGGCGACACAGUGUCCAUCUGUAACAAGGUGAUUGUGCUGACGUUCCCCGUGGGCCUCGCAGCCUUCCUCUUCGACGUGGCGACCAUUAUAGUCAACCGCCUCGGCAUCCCGGGCGUGUCGACCAUGCCGCUGGCCAUCAGCGUCAUGUGCCACGUCGUAUUGGCCUUUACGUGCUUCAUCUCCUUCGCCGGGCUGUUCCUUGUCCUCAAACACUCGGUCAACUUUUCGUGGCCCGCGGCUGUCUUGUUCAUCAUCUUGGUGUCUUCUUUGGGGUACGUUGCCGUCCCUCCUGACUUGUAUGGAGAAUGCCAUGCGUCUUGA